CGUUGGUUGCACACAGACAGGUAUUGGGUGCGACUUUCUGUCCUUUGCACAGGGAGACGGAGAUCUGAUUGCGGGAAUGGGGAAAUCUUCGACGUCUACGAGGGAUGCGCAGGACCUCUUCCGUUCUCUGCGGUCUGCUUACGCUGCGACUCCAACAAACCUGAAGAUCAUUGAUGUUUACAUCGGUUUUGCAGUCGCCACGGCCUUGAUUCAGGUAGUUUAUAUGGCCAUUGUUGGGUCAUUCCCCUUCAACUCCUUCCUUUCAGGGGUUCUUUCGUGUGUCGGGACUGCUGUCCUUGCUGUGUGUCUACGAAUUCAAGUGAACAAAGAAAACAAGGAAUUCAAGGAUUUACCUCCAGAACGAGCUUUUGCAGAUUUCAUACUGAGCAACCUGGUGCUUCAUCUGGUCAUCAUGAACUUCCUCGGAUAAAGCCGGCAAGACAAUACAGAGUUGGAUAAAAAAAUGGUUAGGAAGACUUUCCAAUACUGCUGGUAAUCAAUCAAUCAAUUAGGGGGGGAAUAUUAAUUUGCAUACAAGAUAGAUUUUUGUGCAUGAUAUGAUAUGAUAUUUCCUGUGUUGGAGAUUUUUUGCUAUAUAUCAUCAAGUGAGAGCACAUUUCUGGACAAGUAUUAUUUCAGGCGUUAUCCAUCAUGACUGCA